GGGCGCGGAGCGCCGCAGAGGCGCGGCGAGCCCCGAGCCGAGCCAAGCCGAGCCGAGCCGGCACCAUGCCCAAGUGCCCCCGCUGCCAGAAGGAGGUCUACUUCGCCGAGAAGGUGACUUCUCUGGGGAAAGACUGGCACCGACCCUGCCUGAGAUGCGAGAAGUGUAACAAGACCCUGACGUCCGGCGGCCACGCGGAGCACGACGGCAAGCCCUACUGCAACCACCCCUGCUACGCCGCCUUGUUCGGGCCCAAAGGGUUCGGCCGGGGAGGAGCCGAGAGCCACACGUUCAAGUAACCUCCAGGUGCGGUGGCCCCAGCGCAGCCUGGAGACGGCACGAGCCCGCCGCAGCGCACAGGCAGUUUAAUGCACCCCGCAGCACGCUAGCGCGUUAAAAGCAAUAAGCUACCCAGGGAUGGAGCCGGCGCGGAGAGGGGCUCCGCUCCUCCGGCCGGCGCACCGCGGCGCGGGCAACGCGGCCGGCGUCGCCGAAGGCCCGGCGCAGAGGAGCCCGCGCCCGCCCCGCCGCAGCCCGGCCCCGCUUCCCGCGCCCGCCGCUCGCCUUGUCCCUCCGCAAUAAACCACGAGGCUCUUC